AUGGCAUCAGAAGCAGAAAAAACAUUCCGUCGGUUUGCUGUCUUUGGAGAAUCAUCAAGCACUGGCACUGAAAUAAACAACAAAAACUUUUCCAAGCUGUGCAAAGACUGUGGCAUCAUGGAUGGCAAGACGGUCACCUCCACUGAUGUGGACAUCGUGUUCAGCAAAGUCAAGGCCAAGAAUGCCCGAACUGUAUCAUUUCAACAGUUCCAGGAAGCAAUGAAGGAACUGGGCAAGAAGCGGUUCAAGGCACAGAACCCAGAUGAAGCCCUGGAGAACAUUUAUAAACUCAUGGAGGGCAAGGAUCCAGCGACCAGUGGUGUUACUAAAGCAACAACUGUGGGUGGGGUGAGCCGGCUGACGGACACCAGCCAGUACACUGGCACCCACAAGGAACGCUUUGACGAGAGUGGCAAAGGCAAAGGCAUCGCAGGACGGGAAGAGGUGACCGACAACUCAGGCUAUGUGAGUGGCUACAAGGGUUCUGGCACCUAUGAUAAGAAGGACAAAAACUAG